AUGGCAGAAUCGGAUUUCGAACCAUUCAAGCCCGAAAUCGAGCGUCUGUACAUCUAUGAGAACAAAACCUUACGCGAGGUGAUGGAUUACAUGGCAUCCAAAUACUCUUUUUCCAAGCCCCCAGGACAGUACGCCCGCCAACUCAGAAAAUGGGGAUUUGCGAAGGGUCACAUCAAAGCGGACGAGUGGAAUUGGAUUGGAAACAAGACGAACAAAAGAAAAUUAAACGACAACAAAAAAAGCGAAUUCCACAUUGGUGGGAUGGAGGUUCACGUGCCAAAGCUCAAGAAAGCAAAAUACAGAGAUGCCUAUGUUUCGACUAUGGCUAGGUUCUCUACUGCUCCCUCCCCGAAAACCCCUGAAGGGUUCUCUGUUUGCACCCCAGCAUCGCCAGGGAUGCAUCUUAUCUGGAAUGGUGGGUCACUCCCAUGGCAGCGCUUCAUCAAACUUGUGUGCUCCAUGGAGAAGGAAGAAGCACCACCGCCGACCUCGUCCCUGGCUGUUCGUUCCCCUGGUGCCGAUGCGCUCUCUACCACUGUCAACCACGAACUGAUGCAUCGUCUGAGCACAAUGGUACCAUGGAAUAAACUAAAUCAACCCCCAAAUAUACAUAGUAGCUCUCGAACAUCGGCAGCUUUGAGCAUACUCAUACCAGAGGACUUUCAGGGCCAGCACGAUGCUUUGUCGAUGGACUUGAGCAGCUCUACAAUCAAGGCAAAAGAUCGCAUGGCCUUAGAGCUUUUUCUUCUCUCAAACAACAUCAAGUCGCAAGAUUCAGAGAAAAUGACUGAGAGAAAUAUGAGAUCGAAUGACGAGCGGGUUAUGCAAAUGUUGAGCGAUUAUGGCUGGAAGGACUUGGAACAUAUUCAGGUCCUUUUAUCAACUCGCGAGCCAACUGCCGAAGCUAUUGCUGAAAGAUUGUUUGCAAGUUCAUUGAGGCUACACGAUGUGGAUGUAGUGAAAAUGAUGCUCGAAGCCCACAUGGAUCCAAACAUCCCAUUGAUCGAGACAAUUUUUGACGGUGUCCUGACACCUCUUCAAUUCACUGCAGGAAGCAAGCAUAAACGCAGUGAGGAGCUUGUUAAUCUUCUUAUAUCCCAUGGGGCGGAUGUGAAUCACUCGGGCAAUGCGUACCCGCCUUUGUUUUAUGCCAUCAACAAACAUGAGAACAGAAUCAUCCAUGCUCUUAUGUUUCAUGGUGCUAUUGUAACACCACAUUGCCUUUCUAUUGCGACACAUCUGAAGGACAUUGAAGUCUUUGAAGACAUCACCAACUCCUGUUCCGAUGUGAACGCCCGAACAGGAUGGCAGGACUUCAGUGCUCUUUCCCAGGCCGUUAAACAGGGCAAUAUCUCGAUGAUUGAGAUUUUACUCGCCCGAGGUGGCAAUGUCAAUGCCCUAGUGAGCACCUCUUCUGGGGAUAAUUUUGGGGCUACCACUAUCUUAGGCAUUGGCGCUCAGUCAGGAUCUAUCGAUGUUAUACGUGUCUUGCUGGGGGGCUGUCACGAGAUAAACCCUGAAUUCAAUGGCUUGCGUUAUGUAUCGCCUCUUGUACUAGCGGUGCAAAGAGCAAAUGCUAAGGUCACUCAGACUCUACUACAAGCUGGGGUCGAUAUCAAACUAGCCGAUGAGCAAGGAGGAAUGACACUGCUUGAACAUGCCACCCAACACUAUUCCCCGAAGGAGGCCUUGGCCCUGUGCGAAGUUUUGAUUGAACAUGGGGCUCAAGUUGACAGACCGGUUUCCGCUCAGAAACAAGAGUCCUCGGCCCUUCUCAUUGCAGUUGAGAAAAAUUCGCCCGAACUUGUUGAGCUCUUGAUCUGCGCAGGCGCACGUCUCAACGAUGAAUACACUAAGCCCCCUUACACUGCACUUGGAGCUGCCAUUAAACAUUUUGACGGAGUAUUAUUCAAUAGCCUCUUGGCUGCCGGAGCUACAUUUGUGGGAAGCAGACUAGAAGAAAUUGGCAGCUUACGCACUGCGAUGUACCUGCAGGAAAGUGGAGUUCUUCAAGGCGUCUUGAGGGUAUCAGGUCCCAGAAUCCUUGCUGCUGCUUUACUUGAGGAACAGGUCGAUCUAGCUCAGUACUUGCUUGAGCAUAAUGCUGAUCAUGAAGAUCGGAUCAGAAAUGAAGAGGCUUUCCUCUCCGAACAGACCACCCCAUUAGAGGCAGCAAUUCAAGCAGGGGAGCUUGCCUUUGCAGAAAAGCUUUUGGCACGCGGUGUAAAGGUUACAGAAAGUGUUCUUGUAAAUGCUAUGGACGGAAAUCUUGUAUUUCUGGAACACCUACUGACCAGGUUCUGCGGAAGUGCCCCAAUUGCAGUGGGAAUCGCACUGAGAGACGACAAACCUCUACAACUGCUUGAACUGUUUCAAAAGCAAGGAGUGGACCCCGCUGGCGUACCAAAACAUCUCCAGAAUCGUUUGUGUUUGGGCGCUUUUGACCUGCUGCAACCAGAGUCGGUACUCGAAAUAGCAGUGGCCGAAAGGGAUAGGGAGAUUUUACAAUUCCUGCUCCAAUGGACACCAUGGAGUCCAAGGCUGACUGGGCGCGCCUUGAUAAUUGCAAUACUGUUGCAUCUGGAUGAACUCGCGGAGGAUAUACUGCCUUUUGAUCCUGAUCUGACUCGGGAGAUCACCAUCGGAUACUUUGGCAGAGAUUUGUUUGAAGAUGUCAAAAUAGAGCAAACGUACACUCCCCUCGAGGCCGCAGUCAACAGACAAAUGAUCCCGAUCGCGCGCGCAUUGAUGGAAAAAGUCGAUGUUAACUAUCUUGGUCAUGGGGCUGGCUGUCGAACAGCAUUGCAACAUGCCGUUGAAAAAGGAAACAUGGAGCUUAUCAACGUACUAAUUUCGGAGCAUGGAGCUAGGAUUGAUAGCCCUCCUGCCACAGACGGCGGCGCUACUGCAUUGCAGAUUGCAUGUAUCAAAGGUUAUAUCGGCAUUGCAAGGAGACUACUUGACCUAGGAGCAGAUGUCAAUGAAGCUCCCGCAAGAUACAACGGACGCACAGCCCUGCAGGGAGCGGCAGAACAUGGUCGAAUUGAUAUGCUGCAAAUGCUGCUCGACGAAGGGGCGUUGAUUGUCGGUGAAGGUGAACCGCAGUAUCACAAGGCUGUCGAGCUUGCGGAAAAAAACGGACACUAUGCUGCUGCGAGGAUGCUAACGUCUUGGAGGGACUCUGUUUCUUUGGAUCCCUCGGCAAUUUGA